AGUAACUAGUAACUAGUAAUAAAAUGGAAGUUGGAGGAGCUUUGGUAGAUGAGUGAGCCGUUUAGCACAUAGUCUAGUAAGAAGACCCUUCCUCUUCUUCUAUCUCAACAUGAACAAUUAGAAACAAGUCUCAAAUCAUUAGCAGUUUAGCACCAGUGAUCAAAGAAACUCGAUCGAUUGAUCGAUCAAGCAAAUGAAAGAGGGAAAAGAACUUGUUCUUAAAUGUUCUGAUAAAGAACAAAUCAAGUGGUGGAAUUGUUGUUACUUCUUGAAGCAUUGGAUGGAGAGAUUCUUUGAGCUUGAUUUGAGAGCUCAAGAUAUGAGAAAUGGGUUGGAAACACUUGUGGAGAUUAAGGAGUACGUUUAGAGCUGAAUUUAGAAGUGGUGUUUGAAUUGGAUGGUCCUUUGAAUGAGUUGAAGAUGAGGUUAGUGUUUCUGUUGUUACUGUUCGGGGAAGUCGACGUUGGCUAAAAGGUUUUGUUGGGAUGAACAAGUUAAAGGUUCUAAGAGAUGGUCAGUAGCAAGAAGAUGAUGCAGCUAUUUUAGUACCUGGUGAUAUAAUCAGCAUAAAGCUGGGAGAUAUCAUUCCAGCCGAUGCUCGUUUGCUCGAAGGAGACCCUCUCAAAAUUGACCAGGCAAGUCUUAAUUAAUUAAACUAAAUAAAGAAGUCUUGUGUUACAAGUUUUUUCUCAUCACUAUAUAUAACUGAUAAAAAAUCGGGAUGGAGUUCGUAUGGUGUCCUGGUUUUGUUUCAUGCAGUCAGCCCUUACUGGAGAGUCCCUACCUGUCACAAAAAAAACUGGUGAUGAUGUCUUUUCAGGUUCCACAUGUAAGCAUGGAGAGAUUGAAGCCGUAGUGAUAGCAACAGGGGUUCAUUACUGUUUUAGAAAAGCAGCACACUUGGUUGACAGCACCGAAGUUGUCGGACACUUUCAGAAGGAAUUAAAAGGACUUUUAAGGAAUUGGUUAAUUGAAGUUGGAAUCUUGAGCUUAAGCCUUAAACAAAGAUUGAUCGUCAUUUAAAAGAGGUUUUGCAACAAAACUAGACCAUCAGCUGCAUCAUGUUCAUCAGGAGUGAAGACACUGACUUUGGUUUUUAUCUUGAAAACUAGAGAACUUCUAUGUUUCAAGUUGAGAUUCUUGAAACUUUGAUUCUUGCUUAAUUUGGUUUCUUUCAUGUUGUCUUGUGUAAUGGGAGCGUGAACGGAAUGGGUAUUGGAUAGCUUACUAUUGAAGAAUAAUGUGAAGACUAAGUUGCGAUUCUUGAAAUCUUGAAUUUUGCCUAAUUUGGUUUAAUGGUUUAAUACUUUAAUGAUGUAUCUUGAGCGACAAACAUUCAGUGUUACCUACUCUGAAUAAAAGGAUCAAUAUAUAUAAUGGGUAAGAAACCCUAAUUGUGCAUUAAAUGCAGUGCUUGCUGUUAAAAAGAUAACAAAAUCUAUUUACUUAGCUGUCAAGAAUAUCAAAAUAAUAAGUUUUUGACACAAAUUUUUUUCUUCUAUUUAUCCAUUUUUUUAAUAUAGACGCAUUAUCACAACUUUAUUUUUUUUACACACAGUAUCACAUUUGGAUAAGGAAUGGAUCUAAUUAAAUGUGAUAAAUUUAUUUUGACUUGCUUUAACAAGCUAAAAAAAAAUCUUUUAGUUUGUUACCAUUCCAGUAAAACAAUAAAAAGUUUGUCACCGUAAUAAAUGCAGAUGCUUUUUUUUUUUUGAAAAUCCCCUUAUUUUCAUUAAUCACAUAUCUUUUUAACUAAUAAAUCUUAUCUUUUUAAAAGAUAUUUUAGUAGAUAUUGUUUGAGAUUUAUUUUAGGGUUCAUAUUUCAACUAUAUAUGAGUGUACCAAAUAUAGUUUCCCUCACUUCACACUUUCUAAUCACACUUGCUGUUUUUAGUAUUCUCACUUUGUUUUCUUUUUCCUUCUCAACAACAUGGAAGUACCUCAUGACAUUGCUUUUGAGAUAUUCUCAUGGCUACCGGCAAAAAGUAUUUGUAAGUUCAAUUCAACUUGCGAGACAUUCUCUAAAUUUUCACAAGAAACCACUUUUAAAACAAAGCAAACUCGUAAUUUGUUGCGGAAGGAUGACACAUGUUUCUUCAUUCAACCCGAGAAAACAAGGCAAAAGUUCGAAAAAGAGUCGAGUUACAUUCUUUACCUAAAGAGAAACAAUCUUCUGGUGUUCCUAAUAAUGUUCUUACAUUCCUAUCAAAUUCAGUUUCUGUCUUAGCUUCUUGUAAUGGUUUGGUUCUUUGCCGCACCAUUAAUGAUGACUCACUUGACUUGUUCAUUUGUAACCCAAUCACAAAGUCUCGGUCUUCGAUUCCUAUCCCAGAGUCACUUCAAAUAAACGAUAAUUUUGCAAAUAUCAAUAUCAUGUUAGACUGCUCCCGUAGCAACCUAGAUGAUUACUCGGUGCUUUUGUUUAAAGAGACAAAUUUCAAGGAAUGGUCACCAACUUACAUAUGCAAUGUUUAUCAUGGAAAAGAAGGUGCAUGGAAAACAAUGGUAAAUAGUUUUUCCCUCGGUGGAAGAGACAUGAAAUUUGAAAUGGCUGUGUUUCAUAACAAAGCCAUUCAUGUUAUCUCGGAUAGUGCUAUUUACUUUACGAAAUCUAGUGCUUUUUAUGAUCCAUAUAUAAUGUCUUAUAAUCUGGAAAAUGGCACAUCAAGUUUGCUUAAGUUGCCAACAGAGGCGAUAAAAGAUUGUCAUAACAUGUGUAACAUGAGCAUAUUCAAUUGGGGUAAAGUGACAAGUUCCAAUAGUUCCAUUUGUUUGGUGAAAUUAAGAGAUUCUGUUUUUACAAUUUGGAUUUUAAAAGAUUAUAAGUCAAGUUCAUGGGAAAAGCUUUUGGAAGUGAGAGUGGAAGCAUUGGAAUUGAAGGAGAAAAAUCCUAAUGUUACCGGGUUUACCAUUAUGAACGGUGAUCUCUUAGUGUUUGCAACGGAGAAAAAUGUUUAUAGUUGUGGUUUAGACAAUGAGAAAUCUACGAAGGUUGAAGAAAUAUGCCAACACAAUUGUGGAUCUAACACCCGUUUUAUCGCAUACUCGGAUACUCUUCCCUCGUGUGGGACUAAUGCUGAAACUAUGCCUUGUUAGGGGCUGAUGUUGUAUUGCUUUUCGCGGUCUGCUAUUCAUUUCCUCUAAUGACUCAAUUUAAUACCUACCGAAAUGGCUCUUUAAAGAAAGGCUCUAUUCACAAGAAAAUAAUGAGAAUUGCAACUAUAGUUGUUAUAUUAUAUAUGUUGCCAAGUUUAGUAAGUUGUUAGGGGAUUUUUGAGAAGUUGUAACUUGUAACGUUUAAUAUAAUUCAAGGCAUUUAGUAUUAA